AUGGUGGUCAAGAUCCGACUCGCGCGCUUCGGCCGCACCAACAAACCCUUCUACAACAUUGUCGUCGCUCAUGCACGCACCGCGCGCAACAGCCGGCCCCUCGAAGUCAUCGGCACCUACGACCCGAUCCCCAAGACAGACCUCUACGACGACUCGGGCGCGCUGCACAAGGACAUCAAGCUGGACAUGACACGGGCCAAGUACUGGAUCGGCGUGGGUGCCCAGCCGACCGACACCAUGUGGCGGCUCCUCUCCUUGGUUGGCAUCCUCCCGCCCAAGUACCGACCAGCCGCGAAACCGAGCCCCGGGGCACCGCAAGGGGAUAACAAGGCGGCGUGA